GCGAAACAAACAAAGGAGAUCGGCGGGGGGAGAAGGGGGGACACAGAGCGAGGUAGAUGGCCAUGGAGUUGCAGACCUGAUUGCCAGGAACUCAAGUCAAGAGCGUGCGCAGCUGAUAGGCAGCUGUGAUUAUUGUUGAUCAGAGGAGGAGGGGUUCAGGUUCAGUUCGUCGACAGGUCGAGCGCCCAUGGCGUACCUGCGGAACAAGUCGAUGGAGUUCCUCAAGAGGUUCGAGGUGCCGGCCAAGAACCCGUCGGAGGACGCGCAGCGCCGGUGGCGGGAGGCCGUCGGCACGCUCGUCAAGAACCGCCGCCGCCGCUUCCGCAUGGUCCCCGACCUCGACAAGCGGUCACAGCCCGAAGCACUCAAAAUGUUCCUUUCUGAUUCACAGGAGAAGCUUCGUGUUGCACUGUACGUGCAGAAGGCUGCACUGCAGUUCAUCGAUGGUACGCUAACACAUCCUCUCUUUUAUAUACGCGCGGAGCACCCGUUGCCGGAGCUCGCGCGGCAAUGCGGCUUCUCCGUCAGCGCGGAGGAGCUGGCCACCGUCGUGCGCAACCACGACACCAAGAACCUGAGGCACCACAGGGGCGUCGACGGCAUCGCCCGGAAGAUCAACGUCUCCCUCGCCGACGGCAUCAAGUCCGACGACACGGCCAUCCGGGCUGAGGUCUACGGCGCCAACCAGUACACCGAGAAGCCCCCGAGGACGUUCUGGAUGUUCCUGUGGGACGCCAGCCAGGACAUGACGCUCCUGCUCCUCGCCUUCUGCGCGCUCAUCUCCGUCAUCAUCGGCCUGGCCACCGAGGGAUGGCCCAACGGCAUGUACGACGGCCUUGGCAUCGUGCUCACCAUCUUCCUCGUGGUCAUGAUCACCGCGGCCAGCGACUACAAACAGUCGCUGCAGUUCCGGGACCUCGACAAGGAGAAGAAGAAGAUCGACAUGCACGUCACCCGCGACGGCUACCGGCAGAAGGUGUCCAUCUACGACAUUGUCGUCGGCGACAUUGUGCACCUGUCCAUCGGCGACCAGGUGCCGGCCGACGGCUUGUACAUUGAUGGCUACUCGUUCGUGGUCGACGAGUCGAGCCUCUCCGGUGAGAGCGAGCCCGUGCACUUGUCGAACGCGAAGCCGUUCUUGCUCGGCGGGACCAAGGUGCAGGACGGCUCGGCGCGAAUGCUGGUGACGGCGGUGGGGAUGCGGACGGAGUGGGGGAACCUGAUGGAGACGCUGAGCCAGGGCGGCGAGGACGAGACGCCGCUGCAGGUCAAGCUCAACGGCGUGGCCACCAUCAUCGGCAAGAUCGGGCUGGCGUUCGCGGUGCUCACGUUCACGGUGCUCAUGGCGCGGUUCUUGGUGGACAAGGCGCACGCGCCCGGCGGGCUGAUGCGGUGGAGCGGCGAGGAUGCGCUCUCGGUGCUCAACUUCUUCGCCGUCGCGGUCACCAUCAUCGUCGUCGCCGUGCCCGAGGGGCUGCCGCUCGCCGUCACGCUCAGCCUGGCGUUCGCCAUGAAGAAGCUCAUGCAGGAGCGCGCGCUCGUGAGGCACCUCUCGGCGUGCGAGACGAUGGGGUCGGCGAGCUGCAUCUGCACCGACAAGACCGGCACGCUCACCACGAACCACAUGGUCGUCGAGAAAGUCUGGGCUUCUGGGGCAGCGCAGACCGUGAGCACCGCCAAGGGCUUCGACGAGCUCAAGUCGUCCUUGUCAGAAAACUUCACAAAGGUGCUACUAGAGGGCGUCUUCCAUUGCUCCGGCUCGGAGGUCGUCACGAACAAGGACGGGAAGACCACCAUCAUGGGCACGCCCACCGAGACGGCCAUCCUCGAGUUCGGUCUCGAGGUGGAGAAGUACACCAAAGUGGAGCGCUGCAGCGCCAUGAAGCUCAAGGUGGAGCCGUUCAACUCGGUGAAGAAGACAAUGGCCGUGGUCGUCGCGUCCCCGCACGCCGCCGGCCAUCCCCGCGUCAUCCUGAAGGGCGCGUCCGAGGUCGUCCUGAGACGGUGCAGCUCCAUCAUCGACGGCACCGGCAGCGUCGAGAAACUCACGGAUGCCAAGGCGAAGCGUGUGGCCAGCGCCAUCGACGCGUUCGCGUGCGAGGCACUACGCACGCUCUGCCUGGCGUACCAGGAUGUGACCAGCGGUAGCGACAUCCCCAGCGAUGGGUACACGCUCAUUGCGGUGUUCGGCAUCAAGGACCCCCUUCGUCCAGGGGUGAGGGAGGCUGUCAAGACGUGCCGCGCUGCAGGUAUCAAUGUCCGCAUGGUCACCGGUGACAACAUCAACACGGCGAAGGCGAUUGCGAGGGAGUGCGGCAUCCUCACUGAUGAUGGGAUUGCCAUCGAGGGCCCCGACUUCCGGACGAAGAGCCCCAACGAGAUGAAGGAGAUCAUACCCAGAAUCCAGGUGAUGGCUCGGUCGUUGCCGUUGGACAAGCACACGCUGGUGACCAACCUGAGGGGCAUGUUCGGAGAGGUGGUGGCAGUGACUGGCGACGGCACAAACGACGCGCCUGCGCUGCACGAGGCUGACAUCGGCCUCGCCAUGGGCAUUGCUGGAACAGAAGUUGCCAAGGAGAAUGCCGACGUGAUUAUCAUGGAUGACAACUUCUCGACCAUCAUCAACGUCGCCAAAUGGGGUCGUUCCGUCUACAUCAACAUCCAGAAGUUCGUGCAGUUCCAGCUCACGGUGAACGUUGUUGCCCUGAUGGUGAACUUCGUCUCCGCAUCUUUCACAGGAAGCGCCCCACUGACCAUUGUGCAACUGCUGUGGGUGAACCUGAUCAUGGACACCCUCGGCGCUCUGGCGCUGGCGACGGAGCCGCCCAACGAUGCGAUGAUGCAGAGGCCACCGGUCGGCCGAGGUGACAACUUCAUCACCAAGGUGAUGUGGAGGAACAUCAUAGGCCAGAGCAUCUACCAGCUGGUCGUGCUCGGCACCCUCAUCUUCAAGGGCAAGAGCCUCCUGCAGUUGAGCGGCGAUCGAUCUGGCACCCAGCUCAACACGUUCAUAUUCAAUACCUUCGUGUUCUGCCAGGUUUUCAACGAGGUAAACAGCAGGGAGAUGGAGAAGAUUAAUGUGUUCAGCGGCAUCUUCAGCAGCUGGAUCUUCUCGGCGGUCGCCGGUGCCACCGCGGCGUUCCAGGUGAUCAUCGUGGAGCUCCUAGGGACGUUCGCUAGCACGGAGCACCUGAGCGGGAGGCUCUGGCUCACCAGCGUGCUGAUCGGGUCGGUCAGCCUGGUGAUUGGUGCCAUCCUGAAGCUCAUCCCUGUCGACUCCAUUAGCGACUCGUCUGAUCGCCGUGAUGGGUACCAGCCCAUCCCCACCGGCCCCAACGCCGUGUGA